AUGCAACUUGGCAGCGGAACUCCGGCGGACGGCCGUCAAGCUCUGGCGGUCAAGACUCCGGCCGAUGCCAAGACCGCCAAUCCACCAACUCUGGCGCUGUCGACGAAUCCCACUCCGCCCUUGACACCUGUUCUCGCCGACGAUGGCGAUGCCUCGCCCAUCGCUUUCGCUGGGCUCCAGGCGUCCAGGCCUGACCUCUCGUCUGCUCUCGCCAGCCCGUCUGCGAGCCUGGCUGAUGUUCCAGCCAUUGCCACUCCCCGUGAGUUUGAACAUGACCUGGAGAUACGCCGCGAUUCUCGUGGCCAGACGGUUGAAUUCGGCCACGGCGCAUGGAGCGUUGUGUACAGCGCCGUGUGCCCGGAAGCUGCGCCAGCGUCCCCCGUGGGAAGUGAGUCGCCAGCCACGACCAACAUGUCCGAUCGCGUCUUCGCGGUCAAAACGCCGCUGCGGCGCGAUGCGCAUCACAUACUGAAGGCGGAAGCCCUCCUGUUAACUCGCCUAUCGAGGAUACCCGGCCAGGAGGACCAUCUGGUCCCCUUCCACGGCUAUGUCUCAGCGUCUCAUUCGUUGGUGAUGGAUGCGUUGCCGCUGACUCUUGCGAACUACAUCACCUCACAGGCUGCCGCCACCCGAGAGAACUUCUCCACGAGCACCAUGUUCGACCCCGUUCUCGGCAUGUCGAAGUGGCUGGGACUAUCCGAGCGUCUCGUCAAGGGACUCGCCUGGCUGCACGACACCGCCCAAGUCGUCCAUGGAGACAUAAAGCCACAGAACAUCCUGCUACGACCGCACAAUCCAGCGCAUGAAGAGGCUCUGCCCCACGACCUGGUCUAUGUCGACUUUACCUCGUCACACGACUUGUCUUCGUCGACUGCCGGUUCGAACAGCCACGGGCUCGGUCUGUCGGCCCUGACUCCUCCCUUCGCGGCCCCUGAGCUGCUCACGAUCUCGGCCCUGACGUCAUCAACCCUUGCUCCGUCGAAAGCAUCAGACACGUUCUCUCUUGCCGUGACGCUACUGACAGCCGUCACCGGCGACUUGCAACUCUACCCCGGUGCAGGCAGCAUGCAGUGCCUGGCCAUGUCGCGGGACGGGCACCGUGUGCUUGACUUCGUGCGGAGCGGCGUCAAUUGCUCGAGAGUACCCAGAAAAGGGACGGUCGAGCGCCUAUUGUCUCCGGCCGUCGUGAAAGAUCCGGACAGCAGGAUUCACCCUGCUGCGUGGUUCGAUUUGAUUAAAUCUGAAGCGAAGACCUUGCUGUCAGCGGCGUCAUCGUGA